AUGGGAAAUAAAUCAGUAACUUCAAAAAUUACAAAGGUGUCUGUCACUACUGAAGAAUAUAUCGAUAUUAAUGAAAAUGAAAAUAAAGAAAGUACAACACUUCUUUGGUUUGAUCCAAAUAUUAAAUCACGUCGAGAUAUUGAGCAAACAACACAACGGCUUCGUCUUAUCAAUGAUUAUGUCAAAUUUUAUACAGAUCUUGAUCAAUGUAUUAAAUUUAUUAAAUCGAUUAAUAGAGAAAAAAUCUUUUUAAUUAUAUCUGAAUCAAAAGCAUCACAACUUUUACCUCAUGUUUCUUGUCUUCGUCAAGUCGACUCUAUUUUUAUUUAUUCUAUGAAAAAACAACAACAUGAGCAUUUAAUAAAUGAAUAUUCAAAAAUAAUUGGUAUUUAUACUGAUCUUGAUGAAUUAUGUAAAGCACUUCAAGAACAGAUUGACCUGGUUGAUAAUCAAUUACAAACAUUUAGUUUUUUUGAUCAAAAUCAAAAACCAACUAAAGAUUUAUCAAAAGAGUCAGGUGAAUUUAUUUGGUUUCAACUUUUCAAUUAUGUUAUGGCUCGUUUUCCACGAAUUGAACAAGCAAAACAAGAAAUGAUUGAAAUGUGUAGACAAUAUUAUCAUGGUAAUACAAAAGAACUUAAAUUGAUCAGUCAAUUUGAACGUGAAUAUCAAUCGGAAGAAGCAAUUUAUUGGUAUGCAAAAGAAUCAUUUGUUUAUAAAUUAAGUAAUAAAGCAUUGAGAAGUGAAGAUAUUGAUAUGUUAUAUACAUUUCGAUACUUCAUUAUUGAUCUUUCGGAAAGUCUUCGACGUGAACAUAAAAAGAUUUUAUCAUCAAAUGAAGAAAUUUUCACUGUUUAUCGAGGAGGAAAACUUGAUAAAGAAGAAUUUGAUAAACUAAAAGAAAAUCAAGGAAAACUCAUUUCAACUAAUGGAUAUUUAUCAACAAGUCGUCUUCGAUCACAAGCAUGCAUUUUUGCAAUGAAGCCAACAAAACGAACAGAUGUUAUUUCUGUUCUCUUUCAAAUUGAAUGUAACAUUAAACAAAUUGGAAACAGUGUUAUUUUUGCUGAUAUUGCUCAAUUUAGUCAAUAUCCAAAUGACAAAGACGUUUUAUUCGAUUUAAAUGCUUGUUUUAAAAUUGAAUCUAUUGAACAAGAUGAAUCACUUGAAUUAAUUAGAAUGAAAGUAUCAAAUGCAGGUGAAAUAAUAACGAAAGAUUAUAUUGAACUAACACAAAGAGAAACAGAAGAAAAAACCGUUUCGAUUGUAUUUGGAAGAUUAAUGUGUAAUUUAAGACAAUAUGAUAAAUCGCAAAAAUACUUUGAACAAUUAUUGAAUGAUCCAAAUGGUGAAGAUCUUGCUUGGAUUGAAUUUAAUAUUGGUCGAGCUCUACGUUUUAAAGGUGAAUGGAAAGAAGCGAGAGAACAUUUUGAUUGUGCAUACGAUCGAAUGAUAAAGAAUAAACCAGCACGAGUCAGAGAUUCUGCGCAUGUGCUCGACGCCAUUGGUCUUAUUCUUGAGAAUCAAGAAAAGUACGAUGAAGCUCUCGACUUUUAUAAGCGAGCACUAGAUAUUAAGGAGAAAUGUUAUCUUCCUGGUUCUAUUAGCAUCGCAACAAGCUUCAACAACAUUGGCAACAUCCUUUCUGUGCAAAGAAAGUACAAUGAAGCUCUUGACUUUUAUAAGCAAGCGCUGGAUAUUAAGGAGAAAAGUCAUCCAUCUGGUCAUGUCAGCAUUGCUGCAAGCCACAACAAAAUUGGCAUCAUUCUGCGAGGACAAGGAAAAUACGAUGAAGCCCUUAAAUAUUAUCAACGAGCAUUGGAAAUGCAAGAGGAACAUUAUCCAUCAGGUCAUGGCGACAUUGCUCAAAGCCUCAACAACAUUGGUCAUAUUCUGUCCGAUCAAGCAAAAUGCGAUGAGGCUCUAAAUUACUAUCAACGAGCACUAAAAAUUCGAGAGAAAUAUUAUCUGUCUGGUCAUGUCGCUAUUGUCCAAAGUCUCAACAACAUUGGUGGUCUUCUUUUCGAACAAGAAAAAUACGGUGAAGCUCUCGAUUACUAUCAACAAUUACUGAAAAUUCAAGAGAAGUAUUAUCCAUCUGAUCAUUUGGACAUUGCUCAAAGUCUCAACAAGAUUGGUAAGAUUCUUUAUCACCAAGAGAGGUAUGAUACAGCUCUGGAUUACUAUCAACGAGCGUUGAAAAUACAGGAGAAACAUUAUUCACCCUGUCAUGUAGACAUUGCUGCAAGUCUCAACGAUAUUGGUAACAUUUUCUCGGAUCAAGGCAAGUAUGACGAAGCUCUUGACUACUAUCAACAAGCGCUAAAAAUGCGAGAGAAAUGUUAUCCAUCUGGUCACGUCGAUAUUGCUCAGAGUCUCUAUAACAUUGGAAUUAUUCUCAAACAGCAAGGAAAGUACAAUGAAGCUCUCAACCAUUAUCAACAAGCACUAAAAAUGCAAGAGAAAUAUUAUCCAUCUGGUCAUAUGGACAUUGCUGCAAGUCUCAGCAGCAUUGGUCUUAUUCUUGACAAGCAAGGAAAGUACGAUGAAGCUCUUGACUACUAUCAACGAUCACUGAAAAUACAAGAGAAAUAUUAUCCGUUUGGCCAUGUGGACAUUGCUCGGAACCUUAACAGUAUUGGUACUAUUCUCUACGAUGAAGGAAAGUAUAGCGAUGCUCUCGACUACUAUCAACGAUCACUGAAAAUGCAAGAGGAAUAUUAUCGAUCUGGUCAUGUCGACAUUGCUCGAAGCCUCUACAAUAUUGGUGCUAUUUUCUGCGAUCAGGAAAAGUACGAUGAAGCUCUUGACUAUCUUCAACGAGCACUGAAAAUGCGAGAGAAAUAUUGUCUAUCCGAUCAUGUGAAUAUAGGCCAAUGUUUGAAUAUUAUUGGAGUUUGUUAUGAAAAACAAAACAGGACAAAGAUGGCUCUUGAUUACUAUCAGCGAGCAUUGAUUAUUUUUGUGAAAUUCCUUCCUGCUGAUCAUCCAAGUCGUGUUAGAACCGAGGAUAGAAUUCAUCGACUUACUAAAAAGAAAUAA